CAAUAGAGGUUCAAGAAAGGGUAUAAUCUGAUGUGUGAUUUUUGCAAGAUUAAAGGGCAUACUAGAGAAAAUUGUUACAAGAUUAUUGGAUACCCACAGGACUUUAAGUUCAAAAAGAAAGGAAGUAGUAAUUCUGCAUACAAUGUAACUGGAGAGGUUGAUGAUAGUGUGAAGUCAAGUACCAGUACUAACUCUAGUGAUGCAAGAGAUGGACACAUGAGAGGUGAUGAAGAAUUCAGAACUCAGAGUAAACUGGACUCGUGUGCAUUGACUAGAGACCAAUAUUCUCAAAUUUUGCAGUUGCUUGAGAAAAAAUCAGAAGUUCCACAUUGUGUAAAUGCAGCAGGAACUCUUCAGUGGAAAGGUGAAGAUGAUUGGUAAAGAGGAUGGAGGAUUGUAUAUUCUGUCC